AUGGGCGCAUUGAACCUCAUCCCGCUCUUCAUCCUCUUCGCGGUUGUCGGAGGCGUAGGAUGGGUCGGCUAUCAGAUCUUCCUCUACUCCAACGAGCUCGCCGAGCGCGGCGUCAAGAAGAUGGAGAAGAAGAACGUCGUCUUCACCAAAGACGGCGCUAAGGUCGGAGUCAAGGAAGUCAAUGCAGAAGACUAUGCGGAUAAGACGCAACGUGCCUUCGUCAAGACAUGGAAUACUGCGCAUGAAGGGUAG